CCGGCCCCUACUCGCGGAUGCGCGCGUCUGGGCUGCGCGGGCACGUGGGCCGCCGGCUGUCAAUCACGCGCAGCUGAGCUUGGAGAGGCGGGAGUGGCGACGCCGGUGGCGGCGGCGGUGGCGAUGGGACCCCGGCGAGAGAUCUGCGGCUAGGUCGGCUGCACUUGCUCCACGGGUCGGGGAUUGGAGGAACAGAAUUGAAGGAUGAAAUUUUAAAAGAAAAGUGAAAGAAUAAACAGGCAGAGGACAAGGAGAACAUUGAGCUGGGAAGAUGACUUCUUGCAGCAACACCUGUGGGUCCAAGCAAGCCCAGGCUGACCCCGAGGGUGGGUACCAGCGCUAUGGAGUUCGGUCCUACCUGCAUCAGUUUUACGAGGACUGCACUGCCUCCAUCUGGGAGUAUGAGGAUGAUUUCCAGAUCCAGAGAUCGCCUAACAGGUGGAGCUCAGUAUUCUGGAAGGUCGGACUCAUCUCAGGCACUGUCUUUGUGAUUCUCGGACUAACCGUCCUGGCAGUGGGCUUUCUUGUGCCCCCCAAAAUUGAAGCUUUUGGUGAAGCUGAUUUCAUGGUGGUCGACACACAUGCCAUGCAGUUCAACGGUGCCCUGGACACGUGCAAGCUGGCGGGGGCUGUGCUCUUCUGCAUUGGGGGCAUAUCCAUGGCAGGGUGCCUGCUGAUGUCCAUGUUUGCCAAGAGCUAUUCCAAAGAAGAAAAGUUCCUUCAACAGAAGUUUAAAGAGCGCAUCGCAGACAUUAAAGCCCAUUCCCAGCCCAUCACUAAAGCUCCAGGCCCAGGAGACACCAAGAUCCCAGUCACUUUGUCCAGAGUUCAGAAUGUGCAGCCUCUAUCAGCCACUUGAAACAUCUGCCACCUCAGGCCACCCCUCUCUGAUUCACAUGCAUCGUCAUUUAAAAAUAAUAAUAAUAAUAUAAAAAAAGGUAGCCAGUUUUUGAAGUGACAUGCAUUUGGCAGUGACCUAUCCCGAGAGCCAUGUGGGGCUGGACACAGGGUCACGCAGGCUUAGUUCAAGUGACAGUGAAGGUUAUGUGUCAGUCUGCACCCGCUUCCGAUUGGUUCCCCCAGCCUCUCUGGAGCUAAUUUCUCUGGUCUCUCUACAUUGUGCUAUUUCCUGUGUUAGUUGAAAGCACUGAGCAGAAUAGGCCAGCCCACUAGUCAUCAACGUGAUCUACUUCAUCUUCUAAUUGGUUUUUCUGAUCCUCCCAGGUAGUGCUGUCUUCCAAGCCUAUCUCUGUGUAUGGAUUAUCAUCAUGUGUUCAUAGAAAUGCAGUUUCCUGAUUUUGAUCCAGAUGUUAGACUUUUAACUCUAUCUUAGCAUAAAAGUCUUAAGAAUGAAUAGAAAUUUAUCAGUGUUCUAGGUAAAUCGUUGUGUUUUCUCCAGAUUUUUUUUUCACUUAAAGAGGUAAAAUUGCCAAUUUGGGAAUCUUGGUAAAACCAGCAACAAUAAUAAUAUUAGAAGUAUAUAUUUAUGCAGUAUCUGACAGCAUUAACAGCUGGGAAGCUUGACUUCCUGCCAUUAACUUUGCCGAAAUAAAUAAAUAAAUAAAUAAAUAAAUAAAUAAAUAAAUAAAUAAAUAAAUAAAUAUCCUCCAGUCCUUAGUUCCCCCAACUUACAUACGAGGCUUUAAGAACAUUCCCUGCUCAAGUAUAUGGAAUUUUUUUUUUCAGCCAUGUGUCACCAAGUCUCUUUCCUGUGGAUAUUUGUGAUGGUCUUGUGUUGAGGUUAUUUUUCAGAAAUGGACUCCUGGAGUCUCCGACUCUGCAGACUUUAUAGUAUUUACCUUAAAUAUCCAACCCAUGAGGCUGGAUGAUGCUGCCUUGCAUUCAUAGAGACGAGUAAGCUAGCCUUAAAUAACAAGCCCUAGGCUGGUGUUAACCUUAAAAAGGGUUUUCAUCCUCAAAUUGGAGAAACUGAGCCCCAAAUCCCAUGGUCUCCAACACAUGCCCCUUGUCCCUCGCAUUUCCAUUUAAUCUGCAAAUGUAGAUUAGACCGAGGAAAGGGAAAGGUAUGACUGUCAUUCUCUCAGCUGUGAUCCUUACAGCUUUGUCGUUAUAUGUGUACAUAUUCUUCCUUUAAAGGGUAAACCAAACAUGGGAAUGGGCCGGACCAGAACCACACUGUCAUCCACCCAACAUGGCUCUUUCUUUCCAACAUGUAAUUUUCCAUUCUGAGACUGAAUAAGCCCUGAUGUUUCCCUAACUAAAUGGAGGAAUAAACGAAGCAAUUAGUGGUC